UUUCUCCUUUUUCUCAACCCCAAGUAUUUAAAUAGAUUUCCCAUCCUUUGUUGUAUAUUUCUUUUCUCUCUGUUUUUCCCCUCAACUUAUUCCUCAUGGUCAAAAUCGCAGUUUUAUUCUCUACUUUAGUCCUUGCUGUUGAAGCAUUGGUGCAAUCUCCAAGUUAUCAGUUCAAUGUUACUUCUCCUGCUCCUAAUGCUCCCUAUGUUGCUAGCCAAAUCCUUCCUUGUAUUUAUGAUGUUGCUGAUAACUCUACAUCUGAUAACCUUCAGCUCUCUAUUUCACUUGUAGGAGAUAAUUCUUCUACUGUAAUGACUGCUUCUGCUGAUAUCAGUAAAGGAUUCAGUUUCGAGAAAGAAAUUACUGGUGGUACUGUCUAUGAGCAUCAGUUCAACUACCACAUUCCCUCCAAUACCACUGCUGGUAACUAUCAGGUUGUUUUUACAGACAGCGUGUCCCAAACAAAUGUCAGUAUCUCCAUUACCAUUGCUGCUGCUCCUGUAACUUCUUCUUCAAUUCCUUCUUCUACUUUGGCUUCAGCAACUGGCUCUAGUACUUCUUUAUCACCUUCUAGCAUUAUUAACAAGGCUAAUGCAGCCACUAUGGGUACUCAAGUUUCCAAGUACCUUGUUAGAGCCUCUGUUGCUCUUGCUCUUGUACAAUUCUUGUAAUUCUUAUUUUAACUUAUAUAGCAUAAUCAAAGUAAUAAACUAAUUAUAAUACAAA